UCAAUGGCUCUUUGCGUUAACAGUUUUCUGCGACCCCUUCUCGUGUGCAAAGCAAAACGUAUCGCACUGCUACUGCCAACGAAUUCCAAAUAGAGUGAGAGGGAAAGAGAGGGAAGAUCGGAGAGAAGGGAAAUCUCCCGUAUCAAUUUGAACGACGGAAAAACAGCACACACGCGGGAAGGGUGACAUUUUCUACAGGGAUUGGAAGAGAAACCUUCCCUUUGCAUCGAAAAUGGAGCUACCCGCCGCGGGAGAGCACGUCUUUGCGGUGGAGAGCAUCGAGAAGAAGCGGAAUCGAAAGGGGAGGAUGGAAUACCUCGUCAAGUGGCGAGGAUGGUCUCCAAAAUAUAACACGUGGGAACCAGAAGAAAACAUUCUCGACCCGCGGCUGCUUGACGCUUUCCAAAACAGGGAGAGAUACGAGCAGCUUAUGGGAUAUCGCAAAAGAGGGCCAAAGCCAAAGCACCUGAUGGGCCAGGUCCCGUCCUUUGCCCGGAGAUCCAGCGUCCUCUCAGGCCUUCAGGAGACCACCCUGGACGAGGACAACCGGCAGCAAGUGGACCCCAUCCAGACAGUGCGCUCGCAGACCCAGCAGUACCAGCUGAACAGCAAGAAGCACCACCAGUACCAGCCCCUGCUGGCCAAGGAGAGGGAUGCCGAGCAGCAGGCCAACGGAAAGAAGAAGCUCUACUACCAGCUCAACAGCAAGAAACAUCACCACUAUCAGCCUGACCCCAAGAUGUACGACAGCACCCAGUGCAUGAAGCCAAGGGAGGCCACCAAAGCUCCGGAACUGCCCACCAACCACAGCUGGAACCUGCCUCCCGCGCUGCAGCAGAAGUGGGUCCGGGACAAGGACUCUGGCUGCCUGAGCAAAGUCAAGGAUAUCACCAUGGAGCUAAAGAAGCUUCCGGCUCAUCUCAACGGCCCCAGUGGCGAAUCGGAGCAGAGCAAGGCCACGGCCAAAGAGGACGCACCGCUGCUGGAGGCCGACGGUGUCAGCGACAGCAAGCUGAAGAUCGUCAAGAACAAAAACAAGAACGGACGCAUCGUCAUUGUCAUGAGCAAGUACAUGGAGAACGGCAUGCAAGCGGCAAGGAUUAAAAAUGGAGACGUGGAAACCCUUGGCGAGCCGCAGCCGGACAAUAAUGAUGAUGCAGCAGAAAAUCAACUUGAAAAGAUGAGGCUCGUCCAGAAACUGGGUCUCACCAACGGAUUCGCGAAAGACUGCAACAAAGGGUCUAACAGAUCUAACGUAUUUAAGUGUCCUGCUGACAAGGUCGACUCGCCCAAAAUGGGGCUUAGUGCGACAGAGCAGAAUAAACAUUUCAAUGUCAGGGUUCAGAAGGAGGCUACAGAGGAUCAGCUCCUGCAGCUGACCGACAAACCUAACCUUGCCCCUUGGCCCAUUGAGAUGGGGGUUCAUAGGACUCAGCCAGGAAAGGGCUCUUCUCCAGCCCUCAAACGUCACCUUUCGGAGGCAGACAAGGGCGAGGACCGGGGUGGCUGUAAACAGUUUCUAAACUCCCGGAGUAUCAGUAUACCCUGCACUGUGUCCUCACCUCCUCAAAGCAACUCCACGGACCAAAAUGGCCACAAUGGCCAGCAGGAAUACGACUUCCUGGAGUCGAACCAGGACGAGCCCAUGGACCUCAGCUGUGUGAGGUCCAGACGGGAGGCUCCAGUUCCCACAGAGCAACAGGUGGCUCCUUCUGCCGAGGAGGAGAAGACUGCCGAACAGACAGAACCGCCAUUGGCUAUCACAACAGAACAAACAAAACCGCCAUUGGCUAUCACAACAGAACAGACUGUGGAGGAGCAGCCUUUUGCUUCAUUCAAGCCUUUCCUUGGGAAUAUAGUCAUCACGGAUAUUACAACAAACUGUCUCACGGUGACAUUUAAGGAAUACGUUACAGUGUAACGAAGCUGACAAAAGACGAUCUGAGGACGAGGGAUUAACAGCAACUGUGUGAAUUUGUACAAAUGUGUGUUGGAACAUAUUGGUAUUUUUAGAUGUUUGAAUGUAAAUAACAACCUUUAAAGUUUGCAUUAAGUGGGGUUGUGAUUCAUUUUGUUUGGGGUUCUUAACCCUCCUAUAAUUUGCAUGUACGUAACUUUGGCGUAAUAAUUCUCUAAAUGAGACCCAGAGUUUUUGUCAUACUUGACGAUAUAGGCUUCUAAUUGAGUUACAAACUACUUUAGUACAUGCUAUUUUGACACAUGGUAUCAGGGCUCAGUGACAAAGCACUUACUCAUGUAAAUAUGAUUUACUUUUGACAAAGGCUUUAUAUCCGUUUUGGUUUACAGUCUUUGUUUCAGGUCUAUAUAUUGAGAAAGAAAAAGUCUAUGUAUUGAUUAUUGGUAAAUGACACCCUCUUUCAGUUUAUUUGCCUGCGUGUGGUGUGUGUGUGUGUGUGUCUGUGCGUUCAUGUGUCGCGACGUUGCAAAAUGACGGGCUGUGUGUGCGCAUGUACAGUACCAGGCAAACAUUUGGACACACCUACUCAUUCAAGGGUUUUUAUUUCUUUAUUUUUUUGACUAUUCUCUACAUUGUCGAGUAAUAGUGAAGACGUCAACACUAUGAAAUAACACACGUGGAAUCAUAUGUUAACCCCAAAAAAGUGUUUAUAUAUUAUAUUUUAGAUUCAUCAAAAGUAGCCAACCUUUUGCUUUGAUGACAGCUUUGCACACUCGUGGCAUUCUCUCAACCAGCUUCAUGAGGAAUGAUUUUCCAACAGUCUUGAAGAUGUUCCCACAUAUUCUGAGCUUUUCCUCCACUCUGGGGUCCAACUCAUCCCAACCCAUCUCAAUUGGGUUGAGGUCGGGUGAUUGUGUAGGCCAGGUCAUCAUUCUUGGUCAAAUAGCCCUUACACAGCCUGGAGGUGUGUUUUGGGUCAUUGUCCUGUUCAAAAACAAAUGAUAGUCCCACUAAGCGCAAACCAGAUGGGAUGGCGUAUUGCUGCCGAAUGUUGUGGUAGCUUUGAAUUCUAAAUAAAUAACUGACAUUGUCACCAGCAAAGCACCCCCACCCCAUCACACCUCCUCCAUGCUUUACGGUAGGAACCACACAUGCGGAGAGCAUCUGUUCACCUACUCUGCGUCUCACAAAGACAUGGCAGUUGGAAUAAAAAAUCUCAAAUUUGGACUCAUCAGACCAAAGGGCCGAUUUCCACUGGUGUAAUGUCCAUUGCUCGUGUGUCUUGGCCCAAGCAAGUCUCUUCUUAUUAUUGGUGUUCUUUAUUAGUAGUUUCUUUGCAGCAAUUUGACCAUGAAGACCUGACUCACACAGUCUCCUCUGAACAGUUGAUGUUGAAAUGUGUCUUACUCGAGGCUGGUAACUCUAAUGAACUUAUCCUCUGCAGCAGAGGUAACUUUGGGCCUUCCUAUCCUGUGGCAGUCCUUGUGAGAGCCAGUUUCAUCAUAGCGCUUGAUGGUUUUUGCGAUUGAACUUGAAGAAACUUUCAAUGUUCUUGGCUGACCUUCAUGUCUUAAAGUAAUGAUGGACUGUCAUUUCUCUUUGCUCAUUUGAGCUGUUAUUGCCAUAAUUUGGACUUGGUCUUUUACCAAAUAGGGCUAUCUUCUGUAUACCAACCAUACCUUAUCACAACACAACUGAUUGGCUCAAACGCAUUAAGAAGGAAAGAAGUUCCACAAAUUAACAUUUAACAAGGCGCACCUAUUAAUUGAAAUGCAAUCCAGGUGGCUACCUCAUGAAGCUGGUUGAGAGAAUGCCAAGAGUGUGCAAAGCUAGGGUGGCUACCUUGAAGAAUCUCAAAAGAAAAUAUAUUUUGAUUUGAUUAACACUUUUUUGGUUACUACAUGAUUCCAUAUGUGUUAUUUAAUAGUUUUGAUAUCUUAAACUAUUAUUUUACAAUGUAGCAAAUAGUUAAAAUAAAGAAAAGCCAUAGAAUAAGAAGGUGUGUCCAAACUUUUGACUGGUACUGUGUGUGUGUGUGUGUGUGUGUGUGUGUGUGUGUGUGUGUGUGUGUGUGUGUGUGUGUGUGUGUGUGUGUGUUUGCAAGAUGGACAGAUUCAAACUAGGAAGGUAGAAGUCUGUUGCUUGGACAGAUCGUGCCACGUGAGACGACAGGGAGAGGCAAACAAACAGGGCCUCCCGGCUCAAACUGCACAAGUCAAUGAAGGACCUUGGAGUUAACAUGUACUUUGCACUGUUGUAGGCUGGCUGAGGGGGGUGAAUGGCUGCUGCGAAGGGGAUGGCCUUAGCCUCUUAUCUGAGGGUAAAUGUUUAGGAAGAUAGAUAUUACUGGUUUCAAUUAUUGUAAAUAUGUGAAAUACCCACUGAUAUCAUUCAUUCCCUGUAGCGCUGUAACAAUGUGGCAUUUUAGAUAUAAAUUCAAGUCCCAUUGGCCUAGUUCUUUCUUCAAGACCCAUAACAUGGAUACUAUUCAUUUUAAAACAACUCUAUGUUUAUAAUUGAUCCUAUUUAUUGUAGCUAUUCACUAUUAAUGUGAAACAUGAAGGGAAGUUGGAAACGAUUUAUGUAGUAUUCAUUUUUAGAAGGUCGUGUAGGCCAACUAACAAUCACAUUCAUCCCUGCCGUUUUGUUGGAACUAAUGAUGACUUCGCCUACAUGUCAUAUUCAGAAUGUAAACUACAGUUAACACAGGUGGCCUUUCCUGUUCAAUGCAUUUAAGGAAAUGUCCGGCUACUCUUUUAUUCACCCUGUUUUCUUCACUCUCCGUUAUAACUAGAAGUACAGAAGUAAUUAUGAAUCCCUGUUCUCAUAGCCUACACUCUAAAGCUUAUGCGUUUGAUAGGCCUGUGGCCUUUUGUGGGCGUAUACCACUGUUAAUGUUUCAAUGGCAUUCAGUGUUUUCAUUGCAAGGGCAAGGUAUAUGGUAUCCUAGGCUAGUCUAUUGCCUAUAUUGGUAUCAUUAAAAAACAUGAAUUCAUGGGACCUUCUCAAUGUUCUGUUUGAAACCCCUUUUCAGCACUUGGUUUUAUCAAAUAUGCAUUGUAACUGCUUUCAGAGGGACUUUGUUGUUCAUGUGAACAGACUAAACUGAAAAGGCUUCUUCUGAUGUGUUUGGCAAGAAUAAAAUGGUAAGAAAGUUA